AUGGGUUUAAGACUUCACAACAGUAGCAGCGAUGCCCUAGAUCUAGAUCUCACUCAGCGGUACCUGCCCCACGGCCCCUCGCAGGUCAGCAGGCCGCAACCCCGCGCCCACUACAACGGCGCCUACUUCCAUCCCGACGGCUCUAUUGCCCUAAGCCGAGAGCUCGCCAACCACAAGCUCCCUCUCCUCGACCUCGUCCUCACAGCGAACCACCAGAAACGGGCCCGCCGGCAACGCCAGACACGUCGGAGCCAGACUCACCGCUCUUCACGGCAAUGGCGCAUCGACGAGGCGGCCGAGGGCCGCACCCUGGCCUCAAGUGGCCACAAACUCCCCGGCGAGCACCGUCGGACGCCGUCCCUGGAGAGACAGGAUGCCUUCCGGGAUCCUCGCACAACAAAAGCUUGGCUCUACCCCGACGACGCCCCCGAUAUUGCAGAACUGUACGCGGAGCCUGAGUACACCAUGCGCCCUACCAAGCGGGCGCGCAAGUCUAAGCCCCAGCAGAUCUCGUACGAUGACGAUCUGCAACUCGCCCUCGACCUAUCUCUAGCCGAACUCGGCCGAGAUGAGUCUUUCGCUCAAUUCCUUUGCUCCCCGGAACUAGAUGAGCUCCCUUCAGGCGAUGAGUCUGACAGCAGCAGCACGUACAGCGCACGACUCGCGCCCCUGCAGUUCGUUUCCGAGCUUUUGGGGUCGCCGGAUUAUUUUAGCGAUGACACGCCUGAGCUAACGACUGAUUCCGCCUGUGAUUUUUCCUGCUCUUUCAACUACUCUUCUGAUGACGAAUUAUCCUCUGCGGAACACCAAAAAACUCUGAUGACAGCGACAGAAUAUGGAGAAACCACCCAGAAGCACGACAGCACCUGGAUGAUGCCGGGUGACGGCUCGUAG